AUCUUUAUGUAACUCCCGAGUUUUGUAAGGGGGGAAGAUAUGGUCCUGUCAAAGGUGUAGGCGACACUUGGGCUGCAUUACAGGAUGGUGGAUCUUGCUCAUCAGGCCUUCAGUGCUAAUAACUUUGAUCUUGCGGUAGAUAUUUAUGAGAGAGCCAUAAAGGAAAAUGGUCCUCAGACGGACUUGUAUCUGGGUCUAGCAGACAGCUUCGCCAGGGGCGGUCAGUUCAGCAAAGCCUUCGAGUCGUACACCAAAGCCUUUCGGACAGGGAAAGUUAGCCCUGGGAGAUUAAAACAUUUGGUCACAGCUUUGAUCAACAACGUCAACAGUGAUUCGGCGAACAGCUCUAACACAGGAUCGAUGAAAAAGUGCUACAUGUUUACUUGCGUAUUGUGUCGAGGACUUCUUAACGACCCGCUUACCAUCCCAUGCGGUCAUUCUUUCUGUCGGACAUGUUUAGAAAAAGAGAAAAGUAAUACUUGUAAGGUGUGUGGCGUCGAUCACUAUGGACUCAAACUGGCGAGCAUUAAAACAAACGUAGUUCUUUCAUCUGUGAUCUGUAAAUGGUUCGAGAAGGAAAGCAAGGCUGCGAAACUGAAAGCUGAAGGGAACGCAUUCUUCGAGCGUCAAGAUUUCAAAAGUGCAAUCAAGGCAUACAGUGAGGCUCUCACAUUGUGCAAUACCGACCAUCUGUCUCUGAGCAAUCGAUCUCAUGCUUUCGCUACCAUCGACCAGUUUGAAGAUGCUCUGGCAGAUGCUGAAAAUGUUGUAAAGUUACGUCCUGAUUGGCCCAAAGGUUUUUUCCGCAAGGGCAUAGCACUAUAUGGCAUUGGCCGUUAUGAAGAUGCAGUUGUUGCCUUUCUGCAGUGCCUUGCACUGGACAAACAUGUUAUGCCAGCAAGAGAGGGUCUCUCCAAAUCUUUGCACAAAAUACUCUCUAAGCUACCCCCAGAUGAUCCAAAAAGCCUCGAGCGACAGAAGGAUCACAAUCCAUCUGUGUUCCAGACUCUGCUUAGUAACAAUUUUAACAUGGCUGCUUUUCUGCCCCACUUCACAUCAAACACAUUUGAUGAACUGCGCUGUAUUGUGGAGGAUACUAUUAGGGUGGCAGCCAACUCAGACCAGACCAGAGUGAACUCUGCUGAUCUGAGAAAGAAUGACGACAAAGAUAAAAACAACAGUCUUAUGGAGAAACCACAAAAGUCUGGAUUUGGGAUGGAUGAAAAAGAAAUCUGCAGCAGCUUGGUGAACUUGGAUGACUUUGAGUGUGCCCUUUGCUAUCGGCUGUUUUACCAGCCAGUCACAACACCUUGUGGACAUGUCUUUUGCCGUGCUUGUCUUGACCGCUGUCUCGAUCAUCAAACGAUAUGUCCCAUGUGCAAAAGUUCUUUGUCUGAUUAUUUGGCAGAGAGGCGCCAGGCUGUGACAGAAGCCAUUCAGACCAUCCUACAAACCUAUUUUGAUAAAGACCUUGCUGAGCGCCAGAAGAUGCAUGAAGAAGAAGUAACAGAACUGGCCCACAACCAGCAUGAAAUUCCGGUCUUUGUAUGUGCCAUGAGCUUUCCAACAAUACCAUGCCCUUUGCACAUCUUUGAACCACGUUAUCGGCUGAUGAUGAGACAGUGCAUGGAGUCAGGGACUCGUCAGUUUGGCAUGUGUAUUCCAGUAUCCCAGACUGAAGGAGAGUUUUCCGACUUCGGCUGUAUGCUAGAAAUUCGUGAUGUACACUUCUUCCCAGAUGGAAGAUCUGUGGUAGACACCAUUGGUGGACGCCGCUUCAGAGUGGUUAGUCGGGGCAAGAGAGAUGGGUACAACACAGCCCGGGUAGAGUUUUUGGCAGAUCGGAUGUUAGCAGAAGAAGAAGCAGAUGAAGUGAAGGCUCUGCAAGAUAAUGUGUAUGCCCAGUUACAAACCUGGCUGAAUACUGUCCCUUCAACUCACAGAAACUGCAUUACACAACAUUUUGGCAGUUUGCCUGCCAUCGACCCUAACUUCGCUGACUCACCAAAUGGCCCUGCCUGGGUAUGGUGGGCAGUGGCUGUCUUGCCAAUGGAUGCUCGGGUACAAUUAACCAUGUUGGCAUUGACAUCCCUGAAAGAGCGACUGGUAGCCCUUCAGAAAGUCCUGCACUACCUCACAAGUCGUCGAGGAAGAUGACUAUCCAUCAUCAUGUAUCUGUCUAGCAAGUGUUCUGACCAUCUAGGAGGACCUGCAGGUUCUCUUGUCAUGCAGGUUGUUGUUCUGUUAGCACUGGCGUGGGUGUGGAUCUCUUUGUGCUAGGGCACAAGAUGACACAGACAUCCUAAAGAAGUCUGAAAGAAGCUUUCAGGUAUUUUUUCCUCUUAAUUUACUCCCUAUCCCUACUUAGACUUUUAUGGUCUGUCAGUAUUUAGCCAUUUUUAAUUUUGUCAUUGAAAAUGUAGACUUUAUUGCAAUGGUGAAUUUAAUCUUGCUUUAUUUUUGAUUAUUCUGUAUUAUACAUUUAUUUAUUUAAAAGGUUUAUUUACCUUGUGUGGCUGUGACACUUUUCCAAAGCUUAGCUAGACAUUUGAAAGCCUGAAGGAGGAUGAAAAGAAUUCAGCAUAGAUGUGAAUAUGGGUGAAAACCCUACCCGGUGGAAUAUAAGAUUGAAGUGCACAUCCGAUAGUUUUAUUUGGAGGAGUUGUAUAGUGUGUGUUUCUUGAAUUUUUUUAAUUUAGGAUUUGUUCUGCUUGUUGACACAAAAGAUAUCAUGCAAAGGGUUACGUAUAUACUCAAUAUUUGUUUUGAAUCAUUUUAGCUAUGCAGAUUUUGUGUAAUGUCCCAGAUUUUGUAUAACUAAAUUCUAGAUUUUGAACAGAAUGUGUCUGUUGCACGUACAAUUGUGUGUAUUGUACCCUAAUUCAUAAACAUGUUGGAAGUGGGUAUACAGGAGAAAUUUGAAUCUUGAUUAUUUGCUAGCUUAUGAUCCCAGUGGUCCAUAAAUGGCAAACACAUAAAACCUCAUUGCAUGUUUUUUGCACUUUGAGUAAUGAGUAACUGGCACAGAUUUCAACAUUCUGUAUUUUUCCUUCAGGUGUGGUAUCAAAGGAGGUUUUUUUUAAAAAUAUUUUCAAAAAUUUGUUAUUAGUUUUCUCCUGUCAGUCCUAUGUCAUCAGGUUUUUCUAAGAAAUGUGUGAUGUAUUUUUCUACUCGCCAACAGCUGUUACACAUUUUUAAAAAUAAAUGUAUUAAAACCAUGACCUGAGUUUUUUCCCUAGCACUGAAAUUUCAGUUCUUUAUUGCUUUGCUCUGAAACAAUGAUACUCUUUUCUUUUGUUAAUUGAUAAAGAAAGAGACUCAGUGUCACAACGAGACAAAUGACUGACAGAGUCUAAAACCACAUAUAUAACAUUUAUAUUUUGUGAAAUUUGAUGAAAAUCCACUGAAGCAUCUAUAAGGCUUUGGCACACAUGCACAAGAUAAGAGUGGAACUCAAAGAUUAACUUGAUGAAGUGAGAAAAAGGAUGCUGUUAACAUCUCAGGUGAAAAAUGCAGCACAUUUUGCUUAGUUGUUUAUUUUUCAUGAUUUUAAAACCUAAAUGUAUCUUUAAUCCAUUUUUCAGGAAUCUACAUGUCACUGUCUAGUCCUCCUAGCCACAUAUUUGUAAAUAAUUUAAAAACUUACAUCACUCAGGUCCCUGUAAUCCAGGACAUUUUACAGCUUACAUAAAUGUUUCUUUGAUAAUUAUAUAUUUUAAAGAAAGAAGGAAAAUACUUCAUAGCAUUCAGGUGUUGUUUCUUGUCAGCUUGACUGAGUCACUUUGCUAAUUUGUUUAAAUUUAUGCUUUCUUCCAUUUAUGGGUUUCCAUUUAAAUGGAUUUGUAGCUGUUACAUUAAAAGGUUAACCAUGUAUCUGUUCCUGCACUUUUUUGUCUUUAUUGGGUAUUGUGUAAUCUAUGCAUACCAUAGUAGAGCUAACAUCUUUGAAAACCAGGAUUUGAAAACCAGUAGCCCAGUGACAUAAAAUUACUUUUUCAGUGCACUUACAUAAGUCACAAGUAUUCUAUAAUGAACACAUGUUCAACCCAUUAUCUGUCUUUAGACAUUUCAGUCAAAAUUCAGAUGCAAGCCUCAGUAUAAAAUAAAUGUUGGCAGUAGAUAUCCCUUAUUGUAAUGGGAGUCUUGCAAAAUACUACCAUCUUAGGGUUAAAAAGAACGUCUUAAAAAUUGUUGUAGUUGUCUGUGAUCAGUUCAGCAAUCUUCUGAUGCUUUGAAAAGAGCUCAUUUGAACAGAUUUUUGUACCAGCCAAAGGUGAUGGCAACUGUGCAAGGCACAUGUAGAUUAUAGCAGGAGUCUUCUGUCACUUCUUGAGAAUUUAGAUUCACUAUUCUCUUGCAUUAAAAAGAAAUUGAUGGUCCUCAGUAGAUAUUUAUGUCAAUAUUUUCAUGUCAUUGUAAUGGGUUAAAAAUGGAGUUUGCCUAACUUUUAAAAUGUUUUAUUUCCCUUUUAUCUGUGUAAAUACUUAGAUUCGACAUGUUCUGUAGCCCUGUAAAAAGACCAUACCACAGAUUUGUCUGAUCCCCUUUUGAUGGUCAUCUUAUUUAUUAACUUUAUUAUUAUUAUUUAUUUCAAUAGGGUACAAACAUAAAAGGAAGACUAUGUUAUGACACUGUCAGGUGUCUUUGCCAGCAGUGUUUACAUCAGGCCUUUCUCAGCAUCCUGUGUUGUAAAACCAGUAAUAUGAAACUUGCAAAUCGUAAACGUUUGUGUCAAUGUAAACAGAAAUGUUUUGGAAAUCUGCAUAUCUGAGGUUCCCCACCACACCCUUCAUGAAAUCAUUAUAAAAAUUUUGUAUGAGUAGUUAAAAAAAAUAAAUGCAUUGAAACGUUACCC